GCGGUGCCGGGCCGGGUGUCCAUGGAAACGGAGCGCACGCGGAGCGCCGCCCUCCUUCCCUGCUUCCCGCCGGCCGCCGCCGCAAUCGCCACCAUGAUGCUGCUGGGCCGCGGGCUGGACGCCAGGGAUAAUCAGACUAGACAAAUGCAAGAUGCUGUUUCAAAUGUGGAAAAACAUUUCGGUGAAUUGUGCCAAAUAUUUGCUGGAUAUGUACGUAAAACUGCCAGACUACGAGACAAAGCAGAUCUUCUAGUAAAUGAAAUAUAUGCAUAUGCAGCUACAGAGACACCAAACUUAAAAGUUGGACUGAAAAACUUUGCAGAUGAAUUCUCCAGACUUCAAGAUUAUCGCCAGGCAGAGGUUGACAGGCUGGAAGCCAAGGUUGUCGAACCUCUGAAAUGUUAUGGGACCAUAGUGAAACUUAAAAGGGAUGAUCUUAGAGCAACUUUAACAGCAAAGAACCGAGAAGCCAAGCAAUUAUCUCAACUGGAAAAGACACGUCAGCGGAAUCCAUCAGAUCUACACGUUAUCUCACAGGCUGAAAAUGAACUGCAUAGAGCAACACUGGAUGCCACUCGAACAACUCGGCACUUAGAGGAAACCAUUGAUAAUUUUGAGAAACAGAAGAUAAGGGACAUCAAAAAUAUAUUUUCUGAAUUUAUAACUAUUGAAAUGUUGUUCCAUGGGAAAGCUUUAGAGAUAUAUACAGCUGCCUAUCAGAAUAUCCAAAAUAUUGAUGAAAAUGAAGAUUUGGAGAUUUCCCGCAGAAUGCUAAGAAAAGAUGAAGAAGAGGAUGAGGAGGAAGAUGAAGAUGAUGAAGAGGAUGAUGAGGAGGAUGAAUUUGAUGCUACUAAGGAAGUGAGAUAACAAAGCUGUUCUAAGAGGGGAUUUUUAUUAAGGGGGAAAAACCCCCUUUACCUAAAGGCUUUUGUACGUUGGAUCUAAAAUUUCACUGGGGCGUAUAUUUAGAAUUCUAGCAGGAGCAAGAAUCAGCACUGAUUUUAGAGUGCCAGACAAUAAAUAACCACUUUCAAAGAAUGGUAAAAAAUCCACUGAAAGUGGGCAAUUUCAGUAGCUAGAAAAUGAAAUCUUUAAAUAGAUGCCUGUAUUAUAUUUGCAUAGAUGUUAUAUUGUAAUCACAUUUGCUUAAACUUACAUGAUGAACAGUGUCCAAAAACUGCACUAAGCUUUCGAGCAGUUAUGAACAUUGUUUUCUCAUUACAUUGCCAAUAUAUUACCUCUCUGGCUAUACACCUCUUGAAUUUUUUAAGUACUCUAGCUGUAACUAUAAGUGGGUUUAUACAUCCUAAAGUAACUGUGGUAAUUAAGAAACUGUUUGCAGCAACAACCUGUUAAGAUUUCAUUUUGCUAUCCACUCUGGGUGGCAGAAGGCAUGGUGAGGUGUACUUUUUUUUUUUUUUGUUUCAUUUUUCUCAGGCUUUCACCAGGUUCAGAUGACUUUUGAUUCCUUUACACAUAGAGAAUGAACAGUCACAAAUAAGGACCUGGCCCAGUAUCUUAUUUUCAAUGCUGCUUUGCUUUUAAAUAAAAGUGCCUUCAUGAUAAAACUA